UCGGGACCCCGCUGUCCCGGCGGUCCAGUCCGGGCGGCCGCGGACUGCGGGAGGCGGAGGGCCCGGACUUGAAGGAGGAGGACGAGGACUACUAUGAGAACUUGCCCGGCCCCGAGGGCGAGGGCUGGGGCGAGGGCUCGGCCGCCCCCACCGCCGCCGCCACCGCCGGCAGCUCCUCCCCAGGGGCGGGAGGCGGCCGCCUAGAGACUGGCCGGCUGCGCUCCCAGCUCCAGGAGGCCUAUUAUUUACUCAUCCAGGCCAUGCACGACCUGCAGCAGGUGUCCCCGCCCCAGGCGCCGUGGCCGGGGCUAGAAGGACACCGGCCGCCGACUCCGGCUCCUCCUCCUCCCUUCCCUCCCCCACCUCGUCCUCUCUCCCCUGUCCCCUUCUCCCCCCCUUCUCCUACUCUCUUUUCCCCCCCUCCUUCUCUUCCCCCUCCUUCCUCUCCCCCUCCGCCCCCGCGGCUUCCCCCUCCCCGGACGCGGAGCCUGGACGGCCUCCUAGUCCGUGCCCGGCCGCCGCUGCAGAGGUGGUCCAGCGACAGCGCGGUCCGGUAUAGCGCGCGGCCGGCCACUCCGCCGUCCAGCUGUGCUGCCCGAGACCGAGACGCUCCUGAGCCACGUGGAGGGGCGAUGGACAGCGCGGGGCCGGGCUGCUCCUCCCUCGCGGGACCGGCCGGCUGCGUGAGUUUGCUUCCUUCGGCUAAGAGGAGCGGGGCGAGUGCGAGCGGGGAGGUGAGCCCCGGGAGCAGUCCGGCGGCGCCCUUGGGGUUAUCCCGAAGCAAAGGGGACGGCCCUGAGGUUUCCUUCUGUAAGCCACCCGUGGUCACUGUGAAGAAGCUGCAAAAGUGGAUGUAUAAAGGACGCUUGCUGUCUCUGGGAAUGAAGGCACGCGGGAGUGGGUCUCCGUCCCCCAAAGCCCUUGACCCUCGGGCAGCCCCGCAGUGCCUUGGAACACUGAAAAUGCAAGAGAGCAAAGCCCGUGGCGUGCCUGCGGACCAAAGAAUUAUGCUGACAGAUUUAAUUGAAAAUGUUUACAUCUCUUCAAUGAAGAAAGGAGAACUCAAAGGUUUAAAGGACAAUGGCCUGAAUGAACAGAGACCACACAACAGCAUCACAGUCUCUAAGAAACGUAACUGGCUGCAUCAGAGCACUCUAAGGUCUCCUGAUCUGGAAGAAGAAUUCAAGAAGACACCAGAGAUCACCCACAUAUUCAAAUCUCCUUCAUUAGUUCACCGUCAAAAACCAAAAACUGCAAAUUUUACAAACUCUUCAUUCAAUUCAAAAAAUUAUAGUUUAGAAUUUAGUGAGGAAAAUGAUGCAGAUGAUGAAGGUGAAAUAUGGUAUAAUCCAAUUCCUGAGGAUGAUGACCAUGUCUUGUAUAGUGUUGCUAGUUCUAAGGAAAUAAAUUCUGUCAGUUUGGGUAUUUCAGCUCUCACUUUGAAAGUGUCAUCUGGAAAUGACUUGGCAAAACCAGUGAGAAAUGCUGAAGGUUUGCCAUUUUCUUCUGAACAUAUAAAUGUUCAGAUAACACAACCAACUGAAAUUAAUCAGGUAGAUGCCAUGUCUUCUACAGAGUUUGUAGAGCUGAACAAGCAGAAGUUUGGGUGUAGGACCCAAGAUAGUUCUCUUGUUGAAGAAAAUCUCACUUUAAAAUCAAUUACAGGUCCUGGAAUCCCAGUUGCUACAAGUAAGUGUGAAUUAAAUGCAGCUGAAUCAUCUCCUCCAAGUCCUAACCCCGUGAAAAAAAGUGGCUCAAUCAAUUGGUCUUUUCCAGAUAAAAUCAAAUCUCCAAAAACUGUAAGGAAACUUUCCAUGAAAAUGAAAAAAUUACCUGAACUUAGCCGGAAGCUAAGUGUCAGGGGAACUUUGGGCCAUUUACACAGUUCACACAGCCCCUCUUCCUUGUCAAAAUGUAACUGUCAUGGGAGGAGCCACACAGUCACUUUUCCUUCUGGGAAUACCACCCCUGCUGCACAGAGAAAUGUGAUAAGCCGGUACCACUUGGACAGCAGUGUCUCUUCUCAGCAUAGCUUCCCAAAGGAAAAUUCCACAAGUUCUAAAUCUACUUGCAAAGGUGGUUAUCUUAGUGAUGGAGAUUCACCUGAGCUUAUAAUUAAAUCAGGCAAACGUGGAUCUGAAAACAAACAUUUGAGAGGAAAGGAAAUAUUUCCAAAUGGUAUCAACAAAACAGAAAUAGACAUUGAUGCAUUUAGACAUUACAGCUUUUCUGAUCAACCCAAAUGUUCACAGUAUCUCUCUGGACUCAUGAGCGUGCAUUUCUAUGGAGCAGAGGAUUUAAAACCACCACGGAUGGAUUCAAAAGAUGUCUUUUGUGCAAUUCAGGUAGAUUCGGUCAACAAAGCAAGAACAGCAUUACUUACUUGCCGGACAACCUUUUUAGACAUGGAUCAUACCUUCAACAUAGAAAUUGAAAAUGCACAGCACUUAAAGUUAGUAGUCUUCAGUUGGGAACCAACGCCAAGAAAAAAUCGUGUAUGUUGUCAUGGGACUGUUGUCCUCCCCACCUUGUUCAGAGUGACAAAGACACAUCAAUUGGCUGUCAAACUUGAGCCCAGAGGACUUAUUUAUGUGAAAGUGACUCUUAUGGACCAGUGGGAGAAUUCUCUUCCAGGCUUAGAUGCAAAUCGAGAACCAGUAAUAUUUGGGGUAGAUGUUCAAAAAGUUGUGGAGAAGGAAAAUGUAGGAUUGAUGGUGCCACUAUUGAUGCAGAAAUGCAUUAUGGAAAUUGAAAAAAGAGGCUGUCAGGUAGUAGGCCUAUACCGAUUAUGUGGUUCAGCAGCAGUCAAGAAAGAACUUCGAGAAGCCUUUGAGAAGGAUAGCAAGGCUGUUGGUCUGUGUGAAAAUCAAUAUCCAGACAUAAAUGUAAUCACAGGUGUUCUUAAGGAUUAUUUGAGAGAGCUUCCUUCUCCUUUGAUAACCAAGCAGCUCUAUGAGGCAGUGUUAGAUGCCAUGGCCAAAAAUCCUUUGAAAAUGACUGGAAAUGGUUGCGAAAAUGACCCAAGUGACUCUAAGCACACUGUUGAACUUCUGGAUUGUUUGCCUGAUAUUGAAAAGGCAACCUUGAAAAUGCUGUUGGAUCAUUUGAAAUUAGUGGCUUCUUAUCAUGAAGUAAAUAAGAUGACCUGUCAGAAUUUAGCAGUAUGUUUUGGGCCUGUGUUGCUGAGUCAAAGGCAAGAGACUUCACCUCAUAACCACAGAGUCUUUACUGAUUCCAAAGAACUUGCAAGUGCUCUGGAUUUCAAAAAACACAUAGAAGUUCUUCAUUACUUACUCCAGCUGUGGCCAGUGCAACAUUUAAAUGUCAAAGAAUCAACAGACAAUUUGUUCCCAGAGCAGAAAUCCCUGAAUUGUUUGAGACGGAAGAAGCAGCGACCACAAAUGUUGAACUUGAGUGGCACUCAGGGGUCAGGAGUGCUUAGGCCACGGCAAGCCAGAUUAGAUAGCCCCCUGAGUAAUCGCUACGCAGGAGACUGGAGCAGUUGUGGAGAGAACUACUUUAUUAAUAACCCGAAAGAAAAUGUGAAUGAAGUGGAUUAUGAUGACGUUCCUUCAGAAGAUACAGAAAGUGGGGAAGACUACAGCAAAGCCAAUGGACCUGAUAAAGUAGUUGAAGAGCCAAAGCCCAUCUCCAAAGAGUGUACAUUUCAGACGUACUUGGCCAUGCAGACAAUAGAUUCUUCAAUGGAUCGAAAAGUUAAUCUCAAAGAUUUACAAGAAAGUAUUGAUAUUUUAAUUGGAAACUUAGAGCGGGAGCUCAACAAAAACAAGCUCAAUAUAAGUGUUUGAUUUUUAGGGAUGAUUUGUGUGAUAUCCCCAUGGUUCUUUUCUCCUUCCCUCCUCCUCCUCCUCUUGCUGAUGUUUAUCUCAUUUUUAAUAUCUUUUAAUAAUUCCUGCUUAACUUAUGCGGUACAUUUAGACAUUCCAACUCAUCUGUAUAAGUUCUCUCUAUUCAUUGCAAAAUUAUUCUGGGGUCAGAUAACUUAAGCUUUCUGUGAAUGAGUUUCUAAUAUUUCUUGUCAGAUAUUAUUGAUAUUGAUGAGAAGAAUGCACUUAUUACAUUCAUAAAUGUUGUCUGAGAUUAGCCCCUUCUAGCUUGUGCUUUGUGGAAGUAGCCCUGCUUUUUCCUGAAGCAUUACAACUGAAACAGGCAUUCCUUUUGGAGGAGAGCGUUUCAACUUUAGCCAGUAUUUGGCAGCAAGAAUUGAUGUAGAUUGAUUCACCAUUGGGUCACAUUUCAUUUGCAAUGCAAAGGCUGCUAUAAUAAAAAAAUCUUUUAUAAAUAAAAGUUAAAUUGUAUAAAUAUUAAUGUAUUCCUGUAUUAACAUUUUCAAUAAUUAUUUAAAUGUGCAAAAGUGAAAUAUUUUUCUAACCCAAAAAGUUUGUGUAUAUUUAUAUAAGUACAUAUGUGUAUAGUUAUUUGGAAGGGGGCACCAAAUAGUCAGUUGUGUCAUAAGAAAUAUGUCAUGAGGCCAAAAUCAGAAUUUACUCCAAAUUAUCCUCUUUAAGUGUAAAUUGAAAGAGGAAUUUGUAUAGAAACUUGUGCCAAAAAUGACACAGAAUGAUAAUUAUCAUUCGUAACUUAUCUAAAUAGGUAUUUAUCUCUAGCAUCCCUUUCAGAGAUUAACCAUGACAUAAUAAAGACAUAUUCUGAAUGAAUUGUAAAUAAUUUAAAUUUCAAAUUUUUUGGUUAUUUAAAGAAUUUGUUGGAUAGUUGGAUUUCAGCUUUGGGCUUUAUUUUCUUCAAUUCUUUCAUCUUGAUGUUGAGAAUUCAGGAAUUGCCCAAAAGUAAUCCUAAAAACUAUGACAACCUUGCUGAGAAAUUCUUAUCAGUUCUUUGCAUUUAAAAAAUUUCAGCUUGGUGUUUAAGUUAUUUAUUUACAUUAGUACAUUUACACACUGACAAUGUUACCCCUUUUUCCUGAAGGAAACUCUAGCAUCCUAAGCUUUAUUAAUUUUCAUUAACUUAUUUUGGCUUUAUGAAUCCAGAAAACAGUUGCUACUACAAUGAUUACAAGUAUGUUUUAAAAUGUAAAUGUAGUUUGAAACUUUUUAUCAGUAAAUCAAAGUGUA